AAAGCAAAUUAUCACACCAAGAAUGAGAGCAUUUUUGCGACUUUUAACAGAAGCCCACACCACCUGUCAAAUCCAUCAAGAUAUUAAACACCCCUUGACAUUCAUCUAUGUCUGUCAUCUUGAGAGCAAAUAUUAAACCAAGGAUUUCGGUAUAAAAGUGUCGUCCUCCUCCAUUCCAUGACCACUUCAGCAUUUUUCUCUAUUUUCAUUCAUCUCUUCCUUUCUUUUGCACAAGAUCUAACAACAACUCACCAACCAUAACCCAAAACAAACGAAACAAGUGAAAGAUGCGCUCCUCUUUGCUCUUCGCCGUUGCCUCAGUCUUCGUCGCCUCCGCUACUGCUCAUGAUGGUCAUCCUCACGAUCCCCCAGCCACUGCUCCUUCUGGCUGCUUGGCUACUCCCACUGAUGCCGUAUGUUCAACAUUUGUUGUACCAAAUGCAACCAUUACGGAUGCUAUCAAGGAGAUCUGUGCUAUCAACUCGUUCUUGCCUGGAUGCUCACUCAACGCUGCCUGCACAGCUGAUUCUAAGCUGAGUACCACCUAUUGUGCACCAAUGACUAUCUUGGCCUCGCUCUGCAUCCCAACGGAGGAUGCAGUUCUCACUGGUACUGUUUGCUCAAAGAGCUACUCUAUAUUUUGUGCCGCCAACUCUCUCAUUCCUGCAUGUAAAGGUCAGCCUGCAUUCCCCGGUCUUCCUUCUGGUAAGACCGUGACUGGAACUGUUUAUUCUAUCUGUCAGGAGAUGCCCAUGAUGACCGAUUGUAAGAUUUGCCCCACGCCUGAAGCAUCCGGCUACAGCAAUUGUGACGAAGUUAAGGCAUGGAAGGGAUUGUGCCUCGAUAUGCCUGACAUGAAGCAGUGCCCUUCUUACAAUACUAUGUGCUCCAAUACCAAGUUUGCACCUUUCUGCGACCUCAACUCAAACAAAUAUACACACUUGGACGGUAAUGAGAGGAAGUAAAAAGACAAAGAAAGAAUCUCACUGUUCUGACUUUUUGUCUUGAAGCAAAUACUCAUAUGACUUGUUCUGUUCAUUAGACAUGUCCU